AUGUUUGCUUUCAAUGUAAAAAAGAAUUUGCUUGAAAAGCCCGCCUGGCUAUGUCAACACCACAAUCCAAACCUGCUACGGAUGACAACGACUGUCUUGAGUCUCGUGGCGCUGCUGCUACUAAGUGUACAUGCGCGCCUGGACCCAGCGACCCUCACGCCGUGCGAAGCCUGCGCCUUGGACGGCAACUGCUCCACCGCGUACCACGACCUCCCGGGCCAGUUUUGCGGCUCGUUUCAGAAGCGCGGGCUCCGUGAAAUGUGCUGCUGCGGCGCGCAGCAAGCGUGCGGCAAGCCCGCUGACGACCUCCAGUGCGAGUGCACGGCAACAUUGCGUGACGGCGCACCGCCCACGCCGCCGGAAUCGCUCUUCGAUAUCGUCGUUGGGUCGUUGCUCAUGAUGUCCGAGUUUCUCUUCCUUGGUUGCACCAUGACGCUCUUUCUACUCUACUGCUGCUUUGACUUUCCGAGCCGCGUUCAAGAUUGCAAGCGGCUCUGGGCGUACGCGGUCUCUGCCGUGGGCCGCUGCGCUGCGGCGAUUCGAUUGCGAUUCCAAUAUAGUCGCGCCACCACCGAGGCUCCGUCACGACGGGGCUCGACCGCCAAUACACUGCUCGUGGAUGACAGCGUCGUCGGACCCGCAUGCGGGUACACGAACAAGGGCUCUGCAGCGUUGGGUCAACGCAUUCUUGGUGCGCACGCAGCAACAACGCUCGGAGGGGUGUCGUAG